AUGGAGCAGACGUUUGCCAAGCGAGCUGACGGGAACCCCGCUUUUGAGGCCUACUACAAGGAGCAAGGCUUCAUCCCCGAGGGUGAAUGGGACGACUUUAUGGGUGCUCUCAAACGGGAGUUGCCGACUACGUUCAGGGUCACGGGAUCUCGAGCCCACGCUCAGACCAUCAAUGAACACAUCACUACCAACUUCGCCCCCAUGCUACAGAACGUCGUCCUGGACGGGGAGACCCAACCGGCACCUAAACAGCUCGAAUGGUACCCCGACCUCCUGGCUUGGCAAUUAAACGUGCCCAAGAGGACGAUCAGGAAGAGUCCCGAAUACAAGGUGUUCCAGAGCUUUUUGGUAGGAGAGACCGAGAUUGGAAACAUCUCAAGACAGGAAGCGGUAUCCAUGAUCCCUCCCCUCUUGCUGGACGUUGAGCCCCAUCACUUCUGCCUGGAUAUGUGUGCCGCUCCUGGUUCCAAGACUGCUCAAAUUAUGGAGGCCCUCAACCCUCACACCGCCCCCACUACCGGUCUAUUGAUCGCCAACGACGCUGACGCAAAGCGAUGUCACAUGUUGGUCCACCAAACCGGUCGAAUGCCCAGUAUCGGAUUGGGAGUCACAUGCAACGAUGCCGCCGGAUUCCCUUCGCUCAGGUCGGAUGAGAGCAGGAGGAACAACCUGACUUUUGACAGGAUCUUGGCUGAUGUACCUUGCUCUGGAGACGGUACGAUGAGGAAGAACCCUGAUAUCUGGAAGACAUGGACUGUCGCCAACGGAACGCAGCUGCACGGUGUUCAACUCCGUAUCCUCACCCGAGCAAUGCAGCUCCUGCGAAACGCUGGACGGCUCGUCUACUCCACCUGCAGUUUCAACCCCGCUGAGAACGAGUCGGUCGUCGCUGCGGCAAUGAACAUCUUCCCUGGCCAGUUCCGUAUUGUUCCCGUAUCGGAACGAUUGCAAGGCCUCAAACGUCGGGCGGGUCUGACAAGCUGGAAGGUGGCCACUCAGACGUCGGGUGCAGAGUUGAACUGGCACGAGUCGUACGCCCAACACUUGGGCUUUGUGAACGGUGUUGCAAACAGUGACGAAGGUGCCAACGAUGCCCGAUGGGCCGAGACGGUCUUUGCACCUAAGAACGCCGACUCGUUGGGUUUGGAGCAUGCCCUUCGCUUGCUUCCUCACGAUCAAGACACCGGCGGCUUCUUCGUUUGUGUCCUGGAGAGGAUUCCGAAGGGCAGUAAUAACAAGGAGGAAGGAUUGGCUUCGGCAAGCGGCAUCAAGCGGGCCAUCUCGCCGUCCGCUACCGAUGGCGGCGAGUCGAGCAAAAAGGCCAAGAUUGAAGAGGCGUCAAAUUCGCCUGCACCAGAAGAGCGAAUCAAAAUUGGAGACGAGGAGAUCAACUUGCCCGCUCCCAAGGGAGAGUUGAAGCAGGGUCGAGCUGAUCCUCAGUUCAAGGAGGAUGCGUUCUUCUUCAUCAACCCGCAAGACCCCGAGCUUCAGUCGUGCAUCGAGUUCUUCAAGCUGGGUCCCGAGUUCCCGAGAGACCGUGUCUUUGUCCGAAACGGAACUGGAGAGGUCUCGAGGACCAUGUACAUUGCCAACCAGUCCCUCAAGUCCAUGAUCCAAGGCAACGACUACAGUCACGCCCACUUGCUCUCGGCUGGUAUCAAGAUCUUUACGCGACAAGACAGCCGAACGAACCCCGCCGACACGUAUUGCAAGUGGAGGAUCCCGUCGGACGGCUUGUCCACCAUGUUGCCCUACCUCGACCCUAACGCGAUGCUCCAUGCCGAUGUGGACGAUUUGAGGAUGUUGCUCGAAGAACAGUACCCGCUCAUCAAGGAGGAAGACACCGGACUGAAGGGUUCCAUACGCGACAGAGCUCAAGGAUGUCACAUUGUUACCUUUGCCGCCAACGACGGAAAGGACGGUCGUGGAGCACUGCAUCUCCCUCUGACGUUGCCUCUCUGGAAGGGUGUCGGAUCGCUCUCUCUGUUGGUCGACAAGAAGGAAAAAGGAACGCUCUCGAACCGAACGUUCGGAAAGGACAUUUGCAACUGGACCGGACUUAACAAGGAAAAGCGACAGGCGGACGCUUCCGUCAAGAUCGACGUGACCGAACCGAUGAAGGAGGAGGAGGAGGAAGGGAUCGUCGCGCAAGCCGCGGUCUCGGUCGCCCAGGGUGAAGAGGCUGCGAGCGUUGAAGAGACGAUGACCAACACCAACUCUGCUUAG